AUGAGUAUAGAGGUGAAGCAUAAAGAUCCAUUGCUCUGUUCGCCUGUUAAGUUCGAUCAAUCUCGCUCCUCUCAAGCGAAGCCUCCAACGACGACCUCGAACAUGAAGUACUCCUUGGCACUCGCCGCUUUCCUGAGCUAUGCGACGGCUUACCCUUCUGUCUUGGAAGAUCUCGUUGCUCGCGACCGUGGGAGCAGUGGGAGCAGUGGGAGCAGCGGCUCAUCCAAGUGUGCUUGGAACAACUACAAGUGCCCUCCAGUGAAGACAGUCGCAGCCGCCGCAGUCAUCAGUGCCAAGCGUACAAACUGCGGUCCAUUGCCAUGUGCUCCAUUUAACGCAACGGAUCAAUACGUGAGCACCACUGGAAAGUAUGCCUACAAGCCGCCGGGCAAAUCCGACAUUCGUGGUCCCUGCCCAGGACUCAACGCUGCAGCCAACCACGGCUACCUGUCCCGCACUGGUGUCACAACCCAAGCGGAGACCAUUGCCGGCCUCUUCGCCGCCUAUGCCAUGAGUCCAGAUGUCUCUGAGCCUCUCGCUAUCAUCGCCAUAAACCAGUUCGGUGACCCGGUCGGCCAGCGCUGGUCCAUUGGUGGUCCCAUCCGAGGCGUCGUCAAUCCAGUAACACAAAACUCUGGCAUCUCGUACAGCCACAACAACUACGAAUCCGACGGCUCGCAAACCCGCUGUGAUGCUCCCGUCACCAAUGGCGACGCACAUAGCCUCGUUGUUUCUCGCUUUGCAGACACGUAUAUCAACCGCCUUGUCAAGGGCCGAGGUGCUGUGCCUGGCACUGGGUACGGGUACACACUCGACAGCUUUGCGAAGGACUAUGUCUUCAAGUCUGACUGGUCCAUCUCGCACAACCCACUCUACGUCUCUGCGCCCUUCGCAGGCACCAUCGUUGCACCAGUGGCCUACCAAUUCAUCAUCAACUUCAUGAGCAACCACAGCGAAGCCAACCCUAGUGGUUGGCUCUCCCCCGAGGUCUACAAAUCCUUCUUCGCAAUCUCAGGCAACUACCCCAACUUCAAAUGGAAUCCAGGCCAAGAACGCAUCCCCGACAACUGGUACCGCCGCAGCUCCCUGACCCCCUACGACAACCCCGCCGCCUUUAGCGACCUAAGCAUCGCUGGAGCAGCAUACCCCGACUCCCUCAGACUGGGCUGCAACAAUGGCAAAGUCAAUACAUAUGUGGCUGGUGACCCGACUCCUGUCCUCGCGGAGUUUCAGACGCUGGGGUUUGCUGGCAACUUCAAGCAGUUUGCGCCAGGGAAUCAGCAAUGUCCUGGGAAUGCUUACAACCCUAUUGGGCCGACGCAGAAUUAUUAG